AUGGCCGAGGAAGCCCUGCAUGGAGACACUGGCCGAGCGGACUUCCUGAACAUUGCGGAACUGCCCAUACGUGAAAAGCGACGUGUCCGAGCAGUGGACGGCGACUGCACAGUGAAGGCGAUUCACCGCGACGACUUCCAGUCUUCUCUGCAAAAGUUCCCGGAGGAGGCAAAGGUCUUUGACCGUUUCCUCAGAGAGGCCUCGCGCUUUGCGGUGCCCGGGGCGCCCUUUGCAAGGGUCCAGGAAGCCGCCGGGAGGAGGAUACUGGCCUUCCUGGAAGCUGGACGAGAGUUUCAGGGCUGUCAGAGAGACUUCCUCGCCACGUUGUGCACCGAAGCCGAGGGUGUCUUGCUAGCACCCGGCGAGACACUGCAAGCCGGCGACCUGCCGAAAGGGCGUUGCUCGCUUUUCAUCGUCCUGGCGGGACGAAUCCAAGUCGCGGCACCCGAAGGCAUCGUCUUCCGCUUCGCAGGGCCCGGAGAAGUUCUGGGCUCGGCGGCCGCCUUGGACCUCGUCGACAGCUCCACCGAGGCCCUGAAGGCCCUUCCGGGCAUGGGCCCCGCCUUCUGCGUCCGCAUCCCGCAUGCCGCGGUCGGCCGAGCUCUGCAAGACUGCCCCAGCAACGCGGAGCUCUGGAUCAAGAAUGCGGAGCUGCUGCACCGCGAGGCUUGCCGCAGCAAGCAGGAGCGUUGCCGAUGGGCAUCGCAGGUGGCCGUUCCGGCCCUGGCGAGCACCUCGCUGCUUGCUGGUUGUCCGCACGAUUUCCUCAUGUCCCUGGCGGGCCAGCUGUCUGAGGUGGCCCACUCGGAGGGGGAUGAGAUCUUUGCAUGCAAUACCUCCGGGAAGUCCAUGAUGAUAGUCCUGGAGGCGCGCAUGGAAAGCAGUUGCCUACAAGAAAAUUGA